AUGGCCUCUGUCUCGAAGCUCCCCUGCAUCUACUCAGCCCUUACCCUGCACAACGAUGAAAUGACGGUGACGGGGGAUAAGAUCAAUGCCCUCAUUAAAGCAGCUGGUGUAGAUGAUGAACCUUUCUGGCCAGGCUUGUUUGCAAAGGCUCUGGCCAGUGUCAACAUUGGGUGUCUCAUCUGCAAUGCAGGAGCUGGUGGCCCUACCCCUGCAGCUGGUGCUGUACCAGCAGGACGUCCUGCCCCCUCCACUGCUGCUGCCCCAGCUCAGGAGAAGAAAAUGGAGGCAAAGAAAUAA